AGAAAACGGACUUUUUAUUACGAAUCUACAGGUUUAAUUGAUUAGGUGUGUUAAUUAAAUUCGAAAACCCAACUCUACUCUACAGCGCGCAGCUUCAUUACUGAGAUCCAGUCAUGGCACAAAACAAAGAUGGAUACACUCGCUUUGACAACCCCCCACAUGUCACCACCAUGGAUCAGCCUGCGCCGCCAGGCUUCAUGAUGCCUCCCCCUUCUUAUGAUGCCAGUGUUCCUCAUGAAGGAGUGGGUCCUGGAGUACCUGUUACCGUAUAUGCUGGACCCCCGUAUGCACCACCAACUGCUUUUGGGAAUCCCAUGUACGGACAGGGAGGGUCUGGAUAUCCACAGCAACCGUAUCCUCAAGCAGGACCUUACGCCACAGGUCCGUACAGUACUGGACCGUACGAACAACCACUUCCGUAUGAAGCGGCAAUGGGUGAUCCAGUGCAAAACGGCCCACCUCCAGACUAUGAAAAGGACCAGUUCGAAAGCUUUGGACUCGAUAAUAAAGUCAUCAGAAGGAUGUUCAUUCGAAAGGUGUUUGCUGUUUUAAGUGUGCAGCUGGCAGUGACCUGUGGCUUCGUGGCCCUCUUCACUUUUGAGCCUCACGUCAAACUGUUUGUGACGAGGAACACGUGGACGUACUGGGUCGGCUAUAUAGUUUUCCUCGUGCCUUACCUGGUCAUCCUCUGCUGCGGAGAGUUUCGCCGGAAGCAUCCGUGGAACGUCAUUUCUUUGUCUAUCCUGACACUGGCGAUGUCCUACAUGGUCGGGGUGAUAUCCAGCUUCUACGAUACUGAGAUCGUGGUGAUGGCUGCCGGCAUUACGGUGGUGGUUUGCUUCACGGUGAUCAUCUUCUCUCUACAGACCAAGUAUGACUUCACUUCCUGUUACGGGGUGCUGUUCGUGUGCUUCAUCGUCCUGUUGUUCUUUGGGAUCCUUUGCAUCUUCCUGUACAGCAGGAUUCUGGAACUGAUCUAUGCGUCGCUGGGUGCGCUGAUCUUCACCUGUUUCUUGGCCGUGGACACACAGCUGCUUCUGGGGAACAAGAAACUAUCCCUGAGUCCCGAGGAAUACGUCUUCGCCUCCCUCAAUCUGUAUUUGGACAUCAUCCAAAUCUUUUUAUACAUAUUGCGAAUCUUUGGAAGAAGCCGUGGUUAAAAUUCCACCAUUGGAGAUCAUCAUGCGUUCGUGCUUCCAGAAACAAGCGCAGUGUGGCGCUUUCUUCUAUGUUUAAAUGCUUUCU